AUGUCCCCCACAAGCCCAAAAGGAGGUUUGUCGUCGACCUAUGUUCCAUCUUUUUUGGUCUCAAAUGGUCUGUCCUUGGCUCCUAAGAUCGAUGAAUUACGCCAUGUUGUUCAGAAUGCAAAUUUGGAUUGUAUUUGCAUCACAGAAACCUGGCUUCGGAGUUCUAUUCAUGACAACGUGGUUGCUUUAGAGGGGUUUAAUAUUAUGCGCAGGGACAGAAUCGAAUCUGAACACGGCGGUGUUUGUAUGUACAUCAAGGAUACGAUCGAUUUCACUGCUCUGGCUGAGUUACAAGAGCCAUCUUUCGAAAUGCUUUGGGCAAAACUGAGGCCGUUUCGUCUCCCAAGGGAAUGUAAUUCUAUUGUUGUUGGGACGCUUUAUCAUCCGCCAAGCGCCAGUGACCCAGCAAUAAUGGAAUAUUUAAUCAAGUGCUUAUCAACCAUUAAAUCGUGCUAUCCCAACUGUGGUAUUCUGAUUGCUGGGGAUUUUGACAGAUUGCAAAUCACACGCCUCCGUAAUAAUUUCCAGCUAAAGCAAAUAGUCCAUUUUCCAACGCGGGGCAGAACGACACUUGAUUUAAUCCUUGCCAAUAUUUCUGAAUAUUAUCAGGAUCCCAUUGAACGCCUGCCUUUCGGUUUAUCUGGCCAUGCCUCAAUUGAGCUCCAACCGAAAGAGAGAGCACAUGUAAAGCAACCCACUAUCACUAUUAAGACGAGAGAUUUGCGCCCCAAUCUUAUUCAAGCACGCCGGUGCGCGCUUUCCCGUGGGGAUAAUCAACAGUUUCGGGAGCUAAGGAAUCGGGUGAAUCGCGAACGAAAAGCGUGUCGAGCUAAGUACUUUCAAGCGAAGGUGGAGCACUUGAAGAAGUGUAGGCCGUCCGCGUGGUGGGAUGAGAUCAAAAAGCUUAGCGGCUGUUCUCCGGCUUUCACGGAGAGAUCUUACGUCACGAAGUCCCUGCAACACCUGUAUGGGCCCUCAGAUGACAUCUCUCUUGCCAACACUAUCAAUAAGGCCUUUCUCACGCCUAUGCAGUGUUUCUCUCCGCUCCCUGCUGAUUUUGUCAUAACACCCUCUAACAGUGCAACCCAACAACCUGCGCUUGCUGUAUCAAACGAGUCGAUUUAUAAGAAAUUGACGAAACUGAACAGAAGCAAAGCGCAUGGUCCUGAUGGCAUUCCAGGGUGGGUGUUGAAAGAAAAUGCAGAUUUACUGGCAGCGCCGAUACCAGAUAUUCUCAAUUUAUCUUAUCGCGAAGGUCGUCUCCCGCAUUCAUGGAAAGAAGCGGAUGUCGUGCCGGUGCCCAAGCAAAGACCCAUGCAGGACAUAAACAAACACCUUCGACCUAUCUCCCUGACUCCAAUCUUGUCAAAGAUAGCGGAGGAGUACGUUGUCGACACUUAUGUUAAGCUCGCUGUUCUCUUAUAG